AUGCCUUCCAAGGGUAAGAUGCCCAUUGCACCUCCACCAGCUACUCCCGAUCGACAAAGCAGUCCAGAACUAGGAAGCCCGUCCAGAAUUACCAGCUACAACAAGAAGACAGGCCGCCCAGUCCGCAAGAGCGCGGGCAAGAUCCAGAAGGUGGCAGGCUACGUGGACUUUGAAGACGACGAGUUUGGGCCAUUGACGACUGACGAGAGCGAGGAAGAGGAAGAAGACGAUAUGGAGCCACGCGGCCGGGCAGACAAGGGAAAGAACAAAAACAAGCGUAUGACCAAGCGCAAGCGCAGCCCCUCCCCUCCGUCGCCUCAUCUAGAGCCUCUCCUCUACGACCAAGAGCUCGACGAAUUGACAGACAACGAAGAAGGUGGCGCCUUCCACCGACAUACCCCUAAGAAGCCGCCUAUGACGCUGCAGUUCAACGUCCCGCUAGGCUUCCAUGGCCCACUCUUCGUAAAGAUCGACAGUAGUAUGCUACAGACCAACGAGGCAGGCAAGCUUCACGAGAUGCAGCCGGGUAAGUCGAAGAAGGUAUGCACCAAGAGCCGACAGUCUCAACCAGACAAGGUUUUGGCAGCUCGUCCCAAGGGCUUCACCGAUCUACCCGCAGAGUUGCGGAAUACCAUCUACCGAUACCUGUUCGCGCGCAACGAUGACACCCAAGAGCUUAGAAUCCCGGUAAACAAACAGAACCCCAAGGACAACCUCUGCAAGUCCGCCCAGUUCCUGAGAACCUGCAAGCUAGUACAUAACGAAGGCUGCUCGGUCCUGUAUGGGGAGAACACUUUCUCAUUCAAGCGUCAUUACGGCACUCGUGGACCAUUCUGGGAGGCAGUACCAAAAGAGGUUGGCUAUCAGGAUGUGCUCCACUUUCUGAAGAUGAUCGGCCCCGAGAAUCUGCAGUAUCUUCGGGAUAUCAAGUUUGUAUUCGAUGACGCGUCUCCUCGUCACACUUCCUACGUUGAAUCAAACGAGAAGCGUCGCUACCUCAAUGAUGAGUACCUGAUGAAUUGUCUGCGAAUCCUCCGUGAGGCCAAACUCCGCAAGGUCUCCAUGUUUUUUGGUGGUCGACGACAGCUACAGCGCUCGGAUGUGAAGUUUCUGGGCUAUCUCGAACAGGUCAAGGCAGACGAAGUCGAUCGGAUUCCCGACAGGUACUUUAGUCUCCUGGGUAAGAUUAGCAACGCGGUCUGGGCCGACCUAGAGGAGGCCAUGACUCGCAAGAAGAAGCUCUACGAGGACGAAUAG